CGUGAUACCAAAAUCCUGGCCAACCGCCGUCGAUCUCAUCCUGGUCUGUCUCUGUCUUCCUCCUUCCUCAAUCCCUUGCAGCCCCAGCAUGGCGGCGUUGAUAUUGAGCACAACAUGGCCUCUACGCUGAAAGACUCACAAGGAGUCGGUGGUUCAUCCUCGUCCUCUGACUCGCAUCCGCCCAUCCUGCGCCUGUCUCGCUCCGUACGCUCCCUCCUCCGCUCCACCGCCCACCUCCCCUCGCUGCCAUCCCUCCUCGUGGAGCUAGCUUACAAUGCUCUCGAUGCAGGCGCACGCAACGUCGAAGUCAUCGUUGACCUUUCAACCAACUCCAUCAGUUGCCGCGAUGAUGGCAAUGGAUUUCACGCCGCGCUGCUUGUAGGGGGUUCCUACUCGCGGGGAGAAUACCCGCCAAAGGGAGUCGAGCGCUACGUCACAACCAAUGACAAGGACUGCAGGGACAGCCGAGGACAAGCACAAUAUGGCCUGAGAGGCGAAGCGCUAGCCAGUAUGGCCGCGGUGGGUCUACUCUCCGUCGAAACCAGCCUCCAAGGUCCUCCACCGAUGGGUGGGCAGAGGUGGACGCUGAUACAGAGGGGGGAGCAGGCCAUCUUCUCGGGACUCACCUCCAAGUGGCGAGACGAUAUCAACUCUGGCCGUACAAGAUGCGAUGCAAACGUCGCUGUUAUCUCCUCUGCCACGGGACGCUCCGCCCAUGCUUCUCUGCCGGGUACCGAAGUAGCCGUUCGGGACCUAUACCGGUCCGUGCCUCUCCGGCGUCCCUCACGAUUGGAUGAAGCCGGACGUCGGGCCUCAUUGGAAGCAUGUCGCAAGGUAAUGCUGGAGGUGGCACUCAGAGAGCCUGGCAUAAGCUUUACACUGAAAGCUUCCCCCGCAUCGACUAAUGGCAUGUUCCAAGGUUCGGCAGAUCGCACGUUACUGUUCUGCCCCAGGGCGACAGCCCUAGCGGACAGGUUCCGCGCUACCACGAUCCCUUUUGGCAACGACGACUACGAGAGCAUAAGCUUCACACAUGUCCUCUGCUCUACUUCAGAUCAGUCAGAGACCGCUUCCACAAUUCUUCGUGGCCGUGGCAUGUUCCUACUGGUUCCGCAAACGUCCAAGGCGCAUCAGUACAUCUACUUGCAAGGUCGCCGCUGUCAAAUCGAUGCUGGACUGGGAGAGUUCCUCAGCAGCAUCAGUGCAGAGUUUCGCUUCGGUUCAAACAAGCCGAGUCUCCUACAGAAUAAUGAAGAAGACGGGUGCCUCCACUCCACUGCGAGAAUCAAGGUACACGCUUCAAGAAGGCCCCAAUCGGCAACGGCCAAGGAGAGGCGUACAGUGGGUCAGACGAUCGCGGCUGCAGUUGCCAAAGGCUUCGGCUCUGGCGAAGUGUCCAACCUUGUUCGACCUGACGGCCCCAAGCGUUUCGAGCGUAAGUUGGGCCGCACUGGACACCCAAGCUUCCUCUUUGAUCUUUGGCUUGAGUCGAAGGGGCCCAGUGACAAGACCAUUGUCGAUGAGGACGCUGUGAAUCGCAUUAUCGAAGAGGAGAUCGAAGGAGUUCUGCAAGAGAAGGGCCUGAUGUCAUCCGGUCGUCGGGGGAAGGGUAUCGUCGGGACAUCAGCUAAGAACACCAUUCCAGAACGACGCCCAGCUACCUCGAGUAGUCUACAAAGUCAGCGCAGCAGUACUCGCGGGACCGUUGCUUCUCGGCCCCGCACAACAGCUUCCUCUACGUCCGUUCAACCCAAGCCCUUACCAUUGAUCUUUCCGGCGUCAUUGAAGCCAAAGCAGGGCGCGGCGGAGUCAUCUCAAACCCCAAGCACAAAGUCGAUGGGAAGCUCACGCUCAAGAGAAGGUACACCGGAGGGCCAUAUCCGAUACCUUGACCCGAGCAGCCACAAGACCUACUUUGUCGAUCAGCGGACGGGUAAUUCCCGCCUGGCUUCAAUUUCGGGUGACGUCGAGACAGACGAAUUCGCGGAUGACCGAGGUAGUGCCCAACCUCGCAAGCGUCUUCGCAAGAUGUUGGCGGGAAAUGAUGAAAUGAACUCCAAAGUAGCAUCCGCGCAAACCCCAGCCUGGUUGUCGCAGGUCCUACAGAAGUGGGACAAUCCAGCCCUGCCAACUCAAGCUGAAGCCGCGAUACCGAGCGUCGACCUGUUGCGCUCGCUCAGGGAAGCAGAUGGCGGCGAGACGGCUGAUGAUAAUCUGCGCUAUGGGAGCCGGAUACGAAAGCGCCCAGAACUGCCAACCCAGAUCCCAAGACAAACAAGCACUUUCUUUGCCUCGACUUCGCCUGCAAGCGCUUUUGGGCAAGCUACGCAUGCCUGCCAUGACGGGCCCAUUACGUCUACCGUUGACCAGGAAGGUAGCCUGCUGGGCGCGGAUGUAUCGAAGUUGUCCCUGCAGUCUGCUCACGUCAUUGCCCAGGUGGCGACGAAGUUCAUACUCACUGUUGUCCCUGAUGGUCGAGGGGUUCCCGAUGGUAUAGGAAGAGACGUCUUGCUCUGCAUCGACCAGCAUGCAGCCGACGAGCGAGUGCGCUUCGAGUCCAUACUGGAAGCGUACGUCACCUCCUGCCAAGCCCACUCAUCGGAUGCUUCACAUACUCUCAAGAAGCCGGUUGAGAUCUGGCUGCCGAGCAAUAUCCCAGAAGAGCUGAUCGCCCAGCCUCCCAGUACUCGGUCGCAGGCCCUCAGCUUCUGGGGGUUCGGCGUGGCAUCGGCUGCAGCGUCUACUGACGGCAUUGGGGGUGCCAAGGACAGCGAGAACAAAGCGCGUGAACUCAAGGUAGUGGUGACGCACGUUCCUGCGCCCCUCGCCGAGCGUUUGCGAAUGGAGAAAGCCACUCUUGAGGCUGUAUUGCGAUCCUUCUUCGAUGAUGACACGCCGCUUCCUCUCCCAUCUUCUACCUUCCUGGAAGCAGCCAAGAUGGAAGAGCACCAAUGGAUGCUCGCCCUCCGACACCUACCUCCGCGCCUGCUGGAUCUUUUCCGAUCCAAAGCCUGCCGUGGCGCAAUCAUGUUCAACGAUCCGCUCAAGCCAGAACAAUGCCGCCGCCUCGUACAUCAACUGGCACGGACUACCUUUCCCUUCCAGUGUGCACAUGGUAGGCAGGGCUUGGUUCCGCUUUGCUCUUUGCCUGGAAGGGGAGUCAAGAGAAGCGUUCCAAGUACAGCUGGCGGAGAGGUGGAUGUGCUAGGCGGAGAAAGUGCAGUCACCCUAGCAGUCGCAGAUCGAAGGCGAAGGCGCGCGAUCGACUGGAAGCUAUUCCGAGAUGCAUCAUUAGUGGCGAAGGACUCAAGCAAGUGAUAGGCGGUACACCGCUUGAGAUGUGACUGGACUUAUGAGCUGUAACAAAUUGCGUAGACUGAGAUACUUGUACAAAUGUGAUACCCUUUCAAUCAAAAUGUGCCCGUUC